UUUGUACGUGACAUAGAAUAUAGAGACUUUCGUAGAGCAAUGUCAUGUUGAAUUAGCAAAUUUGGGAUUAUUUCAUAAGAUGGAUACCAGAGAGGAGGCUUUAGGCUUCAAGCCUCAAAAGGAUAAAAUCUACAAUAAGUUUUUACCGUAUGCGGAAAAUAUAGACGAUGAAUCUAAUGCAGCCUUAGCAGAAAUCAAAGGAAAUCUGGCAAAGGCCGUUCUGCUAAGAGACGUGAAAGUAGGAGCUACUUUUUGGGUUGGACAGCUGACCAGAUACAUCCGUUUGUAUGGAAUGAAAUUCUCCAAGGAGGAUCAUAUUCUGUUCAUCAAGCUGUUGUUUGAAUUGACAACCAUUCCUGACCUCGAGCUUUCAUUGGUUCCUAAGUUUGCAACCCAGCUGGUUGCCUUGCUGAAGAAACAAAAACUGUUGACACGUGAAGAUUUAGAAUUGCCAUGGAAACCUAUUUAUCAGCUGGUAGAAAACGUAGCUUACUCCCCAUACGAACAUCAUGGACUGCAGUUAUUUCCACACAAUAUGGAGCACGAUUUGAAGAACCUUGUUAACUACUGUAGGACCUAUUUCCCACUCUCAGCCACUCAGGAAAUGCUGGAUGAAUGGCGACCACUGCUCUGUCCAUUUGACGUGACCAACAUAAAGGCCAUUCACUACUUCGAAUAUUUCUUGCCAACCGAUCUACUUCCUGAAAACCAUGCUAAAGGAUUCAAGUUGUGGCUGGAUGAGUUUCUAAACAUGUGGCACUCUUACCAGAAUGCACCUACAUGGGAGGCGGGUUUGGUAAGGUUGUUUGCACGACUGGCACAUGACACCAUUGGCUAUAUUGACUGGUCCCCACAUGUUUCCAUGGUUUUUAAUCGCUUCAUGAGGAGUUUCAAUCUGCCAGUGGGUAUGCAAAAAGUACAAGUAGGCCGCUCCAACAAUACGUAUGACAUUGGUGCCACUGUCACCUGGAUAGUGUCCAUGAUGGGUGGACCCAGUGGUAGUUUAGUUCAGGAUCACAUUGACAGCUUCUUCAAGGCUCUGCAGUCAUUUUUUCAUCCUUCAAAUCUUGGAAAGUGGAACAUAAAGCUGAGUGGUCUUUUAAUGAAUUUUCCAAAACUGGUGGUGAAGAGAAUACACAGAGAAAGGUACAAGAAGAAGGACUGGCUUACAGAGAUUCCAGCAGACCAUAAGCUGAAGGAUUCGGAGAUCACCAGAUUUGUUAAGAGCAUGCAGCCCGUGGUGUCUGUAUCAAUGUUCAGUAAAUACGGCAGUCACGAUUCAGCCGUGGCGCUGAGACACCUCUCCAACAUGAGGCCCGAGCUUAUCAUUCCAGAUUUGUUAGAGAAGAUGUACCCAGCUAUGGAGAAUCUGAUAGAGCCCCACCGCCUGAUCGCCUGUAUGAACUGUGUGGUGGCGGUGUCCCGCCCAAUGCUGAGUGCCAGGAGGUGGUACCCGGAGGGCCGUUCUCACGUCCUCCCUCUUCUGAACCUCGCUCUUCCGGGAAUCGACCCCAAUGACUUCAAGAAGUGCCUCGUCACCUUCCAGAUGAUCUCUACCUUUGUGGCCCAGGUUCCCAUUGUUGAUUGCUCAGAAGCUGUCUUCAUCAGGGAUGACCUUUCUGAAAUGAGGAAUACAAAACAGAGGAACAUUUUAUCCAGUCUGAAUGUUAAAACACAAGUUCCAUUGGAUCGAUUUCAUGUUUCAUCUGUGAAAGAAUUAAUAGAAAUUCAGUAUAAAGGUGCUAACUUAAGGCUGGAGGUCGUGAAAGCCAUGAAACAUUUGCUGAACUACCUGAUGGAGUGCACAGAGGACGACACAAAGAGCUUGUCCAAACUGAUCAAGAUCUAUGAGACCAUCUUAUUUUUCUAUGGUGCUAGUAAACAGGACUUUGAUGCUCGAUGGAAGAGUCUACAUUCUGUAAAAGAUGCUCUAGAGGAUAAGAUGCGGGAUAGAAGGAAACACAUCCGAGCCUUACUAGUAGACAGAGUUGUUCUACAACAAGAGAUGAGGAUGCUGUACGGACUCUCUGGUUACACAGACCAUCACCAGGACAUUCUGUGUGACCUUUACAACUUGGCUGUCAGUAAAUAUGCUGAGGUGAGGAAGAAGGGACAGGCAGUGCUGAUGCAGUGUUUUCUAAACUUUCCCUACUGUUACCGGUGCCUGCUGGACAGGAUCUCAGACAGCCUCAUACAGAAAGACACGCCCGAAAAACAGUUCAAGGGAGUGUUGUAUGUGGUCCUUGGAAGUGGUAAGAGAUGCCUGGCCACCAAGAGAAGCUGGGAGGUGAUUGGUCAGUUAUGGCCAGCCAUUGUCCAGGCCCAGCAAUCAGAGAAGCCAUCAAUUUUACGGGUCGUUGACGACAUCAUAGCUAAAGUCAGCAAGAAUCUGGAAAGUCCAGGAAUUGAAAUCAAAGUAACCUCCAGCUGUUUGGAAGCUGCCCAGAAGUUACUGUCCUCUGGUGUUCCUGUAUCUAAUCCUAACACACUGACUGAGGGGGCCGACCGGUGGGGGGAGGAGUUCCAGAACGAGUGCAAUGAGUCCAACAACAGGAUGUAUGUAAAAAUCGUGGAAGACCUUGUGGCAUUAGUGAAAGGUGGAACAUUGAUGUGGAAGUUCAGUCAGUACGCUGUAGAACUGUUAACACUAUUACUGAGACAUGAUGUACCCACGCCCCCUGUAGCCGUGGAACUCUUUGUCUCCAACCUCAUACAUGACUCCUUAUACAUCAGAAAGCUGUCAACAGCCUCUGUAUCAGCCAUUCUGAAGCAACAGAAGAGAAAACACAAGAAGGUGGUGGUGGACCCCUACCGUAGUGCCCCACCCCCUCCAGCGGGUACCUUCCUCCCCGGGAAUCGUCCGGAUAACGACUGGAUCAUGUACGACUCAGGCCGACUUCCAGACAAUCAGGAGAAAUGGGAGGCCAUGGAAUUUGUGGAUAAAACUCACUGGGGAUACUACUGCUGGCCAAGAGAAAUGAAAAUUUAUGCCCAGUAUUCAGAGCAGCCAAAACUAGAUCGUCUAGAAUCAGAACUGUUAGAUAUAGAAAAACCUAUUUAUGUGAAACUGAGUGACUCUGAGUUUGUGAAAAAGUUUAUAGCAGUGCUUAGUUUAGAAGAGCACAAAGGACGAGAUAAAUUCAGGAACAAACAUUUAACUCUAUUCAAGGGUCUGUUUAGGAACUACGGUGACACGUUCCUCCCCCACUUCAGACACCACAUCGUGGAGCUACUGUCCGACAGGACCCACGAGCACCACGAAAGUAAACAGAGGUGUGGCAUGGAGACCUUAGCUGGGGUCAUACGCGGCUCCAAACACUGGCCAUAUGACAAGGUGAAUGCCCUUUGGGACUGGGUGAUCCCCAUUCUGAGAACCUCCCUAGAUAACAUUACCAGUGAGACACUUAAGGACUGGGGGACGUUCUUCACCGUCGUGUCCGAGAGUCGAGAUCCCAGAAGAUUGUAUCGAUUCUUUGAGAUGCUCAUGGAUAAACCUAUCAGGGAGGGAUCUUCUUCUUUUGAGGACUCCAGCCGUCUUUUUGCUGUACAGAAUGCUUUAGUACAACAGGAAUGGAGGGUACCAGAACUCCUCCAUCGUCUGUUAGAGUUUCUGACACCCUACCUCUCCCACAGGUACAAGAACGUCAGGGACAGGAUUGGAAGCCUUCUGUCCAACAUCAUGUUGUAUGACUACAGCAUCACGGCAGGUUCCUCCACUAAAUCUCCACACAGAGUGGACUUUGUCCAGAAAGUGAUUCCACGACUGGAACCACUCAAAGACCUGGUGCUAUCAGACAAUGGAAACAAUGGCAGCUCAAAGGAUGAGGAGAACCACAGAGAGAUGUCUUCCUCGUUGGAGAAGAUGGAGGUGGAAGAUGAUGAGGAUGAAGAGAGGAAGACAACCAUAAGGCUGUGUAAAACAGUGCUGAAGUGGAUAUCAGAUGGUCUAGGUAGAAUGUUUACCUCAACUACACCAGAGCUUUUCCUUUUUCUUCCAGUUAUCUGCACGUUAGAGAGUGAGACUAAAGAUGAGGAACUGAAGACUGACUGUUCUAUGGCCCUGGCAUGCUUCUCUCAGGCUCUGAUUCAGGAGAACAAUGUCACGGUGUGUCUGGAGACCAUCAGAGAAGUGAUGGGACUGAAGUCCUGGCAUUCCCGUGUACUGAUCCUCGGCUACAUCCAGGUCAUGGUGUUCUGUAACCUCUUUACCAUGAUCCAGACAAAGCACAAAAAGGAAAUCCAGAACUUUAUACUGCAUCUCAUCUGUGAUGACCAAGUAGAGGUGAGAGAGAUGGCAGCCAUAACAUUGAGUGGUUUGGUACAUUGUGGAUUUCUAGACAUGGACAAAGAUAUGCUGGAACACUUUGAAGUCCUUAGUAAGAACAAGGUGAAGAAGCGUAAGUUAGCGGACUCGAUGCCUCUGGAGGCCCUAAUAAAGCGUCACGCUGGUGUCCUGGGUCUCAGUGCUCUAGUGGAAGCCUAUCCUUACAAUGUACCCGAGUUCAUGCCACAGAUCUUAAUGGACCUUAGUAACCAUGUCAACGACCCUCAACCAAUUCAGAUGACUGUGAAGAAAACUCUAUCAAACUUCCGUAGGACACACCACGACAAUUGGCAUGAUCACAAACAAAUGUUUACAGACGAUCAACUGGUCAUAUUAACUGAUAUUCUAGUAUCCCCUACUUACUACGCUUGACGACGGAUCGGCUCCUAGAAACAUUACAAACCAAAGUGUAUGGACCUAACUAGGAACAGCUCAGUCAUAGUAAAACAGGCCAGAGUUAUCCCCCCCCCAUAACAGGGUCGCAAAAGUCAGAAG